AUGACAAGUUCUGUCACUUCAGCAUCAAGCGCUGGAAGAAGUUUUCGCCAUCAGGCUGUGCGAAACCGAAAAGACUACAUCCAUAGCUUGGAUGGUGCCAGUCAUUACUCCCAGAGACAGCGAAGUCGCCAGCGUAGCCAUUCAAGAACUCGGGAUGCUUCACGCAGUCGUCCUGGAAGCCGAGAGCAGAUUGCACGCUCCCGAGAACCUUCUGAGGAACGUGGACGUGUUAGUGCUCGCGAUUGGCCCAAGGCGAAACGAUCGCCUACUUCUCUCAUCCCCGUGUCCCAGGAGGACUUACUGAGCCUGAGCACUCCACGACAUGGCCAGGCCGCUGAGCCAAACACGGUACGUAAUGUUAGCGGAUCAAAUGUAAAGCCAAAGAGCCGCAAUUCAAGCCGUGGAAGCCGCCGCAGGAGCCCAAAAGGCCGGGAGAGUUCUGCACAGCGUUCUCCUUCUUCACCCUUGCCUCUGAGUUCUGUCACUCACCAUGAUCAAAGCUCUCAGGAUGAAAAGAACUACAGAGAAGUCAUGGCUGCCCAAGAGGAAUCCAGGAACAAGCGCAGCCGCAGUCGCAGCCGAGGUCUUAGCUCAGCGGCCUUAAGUAAGCAAGAUGCUUCGGGACAUCGACGCAGGACCAACUCUGAGGUGGCUAACUUCGAUGGUUCUAUCUCUCUUCUUGGUAGAGCUGCCUCAGUUGAGUAUGCCGGUGAUCUCAAGCAAAUGAAGGACGAGCGUCAGCGAAAGAAGAAGCAGGCUGCACGGGAACUCGAGGAGCGCCGCAAGUCUCUGGCCAAGCGUGUCCAAACACCUUCAAUCCCUCACCCUAACGAAUUCUCUCCUGCUCUUGCGAUUACGGUUGAGACGGCUGAGCCAAAGCCGCUGCCCGGCGAUAUCCCACCCCGCAGUACUACUGAGCCACCACAAAAGAGUAUGCAUGCCCGUAAUGGACCUGUUAUCGGGCUUCCAGUGACCCCGAAAGCCAUGCGCCUUAUCAUUGAGAGCAACCAUGAUCAAUCAGGAAGCACGCCUAGGUGGGAUGUGUCUAGUAUUCCAGCCGGCUUUUCUCAACCACUCGCCAGAAAUCUCGCCUCAACAGUCUCCUGA